CACAAUGAGAAAUUUAGACAGUGAUGAUCGGGUAACUGACAAGCUUAACAAGCCCAAGACAUCGAGAGAACGGUUGGAACCACAGCCACUUUCUUUUAUGGAGGCAUUAGCUAAAGAAGAUAUUGAUGCAGCUAUUCAAUCAAUAUUAUAUAGAGAAAAUUAUGUAAUUAAGGAACUAGAUAAGUGUUUACAACAUCAUGACUUUUUAAAGGCAAGAAGAAAAGAGAUGUUACAUAAAAGAUGGGCUGACCAUGUGGCACAUCCUCUCCAGAAGAAAAUAAUAGAAAAAGUUUGUUCAUAUAAGAAGAUUAAAAAAAGGAGACAAGAAGAAUUAGAUAGUUUUUUAAAACAUGUAAAUAAAAAGGGAAAUGCAUUUAUAGAACAUUAUGAUCCAAAAGAGUAUGAUCCUUUUUAUAUGAGCAAAGAGGACCCAAAUUUUCUGAAGGUUACCAUUCCACCAUUUCGUGACCCUUUGAAAAAGGCACAAUAUGACAAAGAUGAUGAAAAAAGAACUCUUCUUCAGUGUGAGACUGGCAAAAUAUAUACAAUGAAAGAAUUUAAAGAGAUUGAAAAGGCCAAACUGCAUUCCAGAUUCCCAAGAAUUUCUAAUUCAAGGCACUUUAUGACUCCAAAUGAGUGGCUUAAGCUGCCUACAACCUACAUAGAAAGUGAAUUUUGUAAAAGGAGCAGGUAA